AUAGAAGAUAAAGAGACUAUUUUGAACUUUUUCUCCUCUUUUAAUUAUUUGUUAUGAGUAUUAAAUAUUAUCACACAUUUAGCACCACACCAGCACUUUUCGUUUGUUUAUCCACAAAAUUCCAUUUUCUAGCAAUUUCAGUGCUUUUCUUCAGUGAUCAUGGCGGAAACAAACGUAGCCCAAGGCCAAAGCCUCGGGAAUCGUGUAGCCAUUGUUACCGGCUCUUCUCGCGGAAUCGGCAAAGCAAUUGCUCUUCACUUGGCCUCUCUCGGAGCUAAACUCGUCAUCAACUACACUUCCAACUCUACUCAAGCUGACGACGUCGUAUCCCAAAUCAAUUCCACCUCCGAUUCCCCACGCGCAAUCGCCGUCAAAGCCAAUGUCUCCGAUCCAAAUCAAGUCAAAUCCCUCUUCGACGCUGCAGAAUCAGCCUUUCAAUCGCCGGUCAACAUCCUCGUCAAUUGCGCCGGCGUACUCGACGGGAAAUACCCGUCGAUCCUAAACACAACCCUAGAGGAUUUCGACAGGACUUUCGAUGUGAACGUGCGUGGAGCUUUCAUAUGCUGCAAAGAAGGCGCUAAUAGAAUCAAGCGCGGAGGAGGCGGAAGGAUUAUAUGCUUAACGUCGUCGAUGGCGGUGGCGUUGAGGCCCGGAUUCGGGGCGUACGCGGCGUCAAAGGCGGCCGUGGAAGCAAUGGUGAAAAUACUGGCGAAAGAACUGAAAGGGACAGGGAUAACGGUGAAUUGUGCGGCGCCGGGACCCAUUGCAACGGAUAUGUUUUACGAAGGGAAAACGGAGGAGAUGAUUAAGAAGGCGAUUGAUGAGUGUCCACAUGGAAGGCUUGGACUGCCGGAGGAUGUGGCGCCGGUGGUUGGGUUUUUAGCCGGCGAUGCUUCUGAAUGGGUUAAUGGACAGAUUAUUCGUGUCAAUGGCGGUUAUAUUUGAUACUAGUAUAUGUUCGUUUUAUUUCGUUUUUUAUUUGGCAUUUCCUUUGAAAUAUUGUUAUAAUCAAUAUUUUUAACCUGAAAUAAGGUAAAAAUUAAAUAAUACAGUUCAAUUUGAAGUCUAAA